GUCAUACUAUUGUCAACAAUUUAGCAGUGAACAGUCAACACCAUUACUCCAUUUUAUUACACAUAAAACAACACUACGCGUUUGUUUACUUAGAAUUAAUUUAUUAUUGUGAAAAAAAUUUUUAUUCAUUACACCAACUAUUGAUAAGAAGCAAUUAAUUAUCAAUUUAACAAAACAAAGCAACAAACAAAAUGGGACGCAAAAAGAGUAAGAGACAGGCACCGACAAGAAAAAAGAAUAUCGAACCUUUGGAGACACAGUUUACAUGUCCCUUUUGUAAUCACGAAAAAUCAUGUGAAGUUAAAAUGGAUAAAGCAAGAAAAGCUGCAAGAAUUUGUUGUCGUAUUUGCUUAGAAGAUUACCAAACGACAGUCAACGUUUUAUCAGAUCCCCUGGAUGUUUACAAUGACUGGAUUGAUUCUUGUGAUGCUGCUAAUUAAGUCAUAAAUGAUAAAUCUAAUUUUUUUUAAGAAAUAUUUAUAAUCAUCGAUUUUAAUG